UUUAUUGUUUCGACCACAACAAGACGAUGCAUUCUCUCAAUUCAAAACUGGCUAAUGGACUCUCAUCAUCUCCUCUCAUUCUACCUCUCCAUCUUAAAACGCAUAGCCUCCAUUUUUCUCACCAUCAAGCGGUUCCCAUUCUUCGUCACCCUCUUCGACGCCAUCAUAUCCGUCUACUUCCGCUUCUGUGGUCUCUCCCCCUGCACCGUUGAUCUAGAUGACCAAACCACCAUGCACUUCUGGACCACCAAUCACAGGCGGUUCGACAAACCCGGUCUGGUCAUCAUCCACGGCUACGGCGGCAAUUCACGGCUGCAAUUCGUCCGUCAAGUGGGCCCACUCUCCCAGUGCUUCAAUCUCUACGUCCCGGACCUACUCUUCUUCGGCAAGUCAUUCACGAACCGGUCGGACCGGACCGAGUUGUUUCAAGCCAGGUGUGUCUGUGAGGGGUUGAAGAGAUUGGGUGUGGACAGGUUCUCGGUGUACGCGAUCAGUUACGGUGGGUUCGUGGGGUAUCGGAUGGCUGAGAUUUGUCCUGAGAUGGUGGAUAAGGUUGUGAUCGUGAGUAGUGGGAUAGGGUGCACCGAGGAUCAGAAAGGUGAGCAGUUGAGGAAGCUUAACCGGGACCCACGUGAUAUUCUCCUGCCGGAGAAACCGGAUGAUCUACGGCUGCUGAUUAAUCUAUCCAUUUACAAGUUUGAUCCUUUCAAGUGGGUCCCAGAUUUUCUCCUCAAGGAAUUUAUCAAUGUGAUGUGUAAGGAUUACAGGAAGGAAAAACUAGAACUGGUGGAACAUAUUCUGGCAAUGAAAGCAGAUUCUGAUUUUCCCAUUCUAACCCAGGAAACACUAUUGAUUUGGGGUGAUCAGGACAAUGUCUUCCCUGUAUGUUUGGCUCAUCAAUUGCAAAGGCACUUGGGACCAAAAUCGAAGUUAGAAAUCAUAAAGGACACCGGACAUGCAGUGAAUGUUGAAUCUCCCGAUACUUUGAAUCAUUUGAUCAAAUUAUUUGUUCUUGGUAAAUCAAAAUUCAAUGGGUAAAUAAUAACAUCGACCUUCAUCUAAGCAUGUAUUACUGCAGUUGUAGCACAAGUAAACACUAUUAUUAUUUAUUUUUUUUGGUAAAUAAGUUAACACUAAUUUAUUGUUAACUUGUUUUCUUACAAGAAAUUACUUUUAAGUGAUCUGCAAUUUGUGAGACAAAAGAAUAGUGUAUUGGUAGAGAAUUGCCUGUCAAUGAGGCUAUAUUUGUAAUUGUAGGUUACAGAUAUGGAUGUAUUGUAAUUUUAUGCGA